AUGGAGAUAGGAACAAAUGAAUUGACUCGACCGUUUCGUAUUCCUCGUCGAAAGAAUAAUCCCGAUGAAACGAAUGAUAAUGCUGAUGAGGUUAAACGCAGUCGUGCUGCUGUUGAUUCAGAUUUACGUUCUCCACUUGUUGCUCCAACCACUACUCGUAGAAAUGCUAACUCUUUCAGUCGAAUUGUACCUCCUACUAAACGGAAAGCACCUGGAGAUAACCAUAACCAAAGCCUUAACGCUAAAAAGUCAAUAAAACAGCGGUCUUCUGGGCCUGAAGUUUUGGACAAAAUCCUUGGAAUCAUGGUAAAUCCACCUAAAGAUCGAAGACGUGAUGUGAAUAGUGAGCAAUAUUUUUUCGCAGUUAUGAAGGAGGAGAUAGAUGAAUCUGAUCCUAAUGAAGCGUCUAAUCCUAGCAAGUCUCAAAACGCACCAACUUUGACGUAUGAGGAGUUGCAAAAGCGAUAUGUCGAUAAUUCAUUAUGCUAUUCAUUUCUGACUAAAGAAGGAUUAAUGGAACGUUUACUCGGCCUUAAAAUGUUAACUGGUCGCAUCGAUUCACACGCUACACUGGGUUGUAUGUCAUAUGACCCAAAUGAUCCGCGCAGAAAGAACUAUGGAGCUUCAAGCAAUUUUGAUAACUAUUCGCCAAUACUUAAAGAACAGCAACUAACAGGGCAAUUUAACAAUGCGCCUAUGGAGGAGCGAAAAGGUCCACGAACUCCCCCAGGUUCGCCAGGUCAAGCCGACAACUCUUCGUUAAUUUCUUCGCGUGGAGUAGGAUCGGCCUCACCAUCAAGUCCUCCUCCUCCUCCUCCUCCUCCAGAUGAAGAACCAUUGAAUAAAUCAGAUCCUGCAAAUGAUAUCAUUGCUGAAGUUGCGGAGUUUACGAAACUUCCACCAUGCCGGCUGUCUGAAUGCCUUGGAGAAGAGCUUCAAAAUGCAGUGAAACAGGUCUCGCUUAUCCUUAAUGUUUUAGCAGUUGACCGUUCUGUGCUUCUGAAUACUCUUAAAGAUGCCUUGAUCAGAGUUGGCAAGAAAGAAGAACCAUCCAUGAAAUCCACACGAGCACUUUCCGUGAAGAAAGAACAACCGAUUAUUAAUGAAGGUGAAAUAAUUGAAACAGCAACAGUAGAAGUGGAAAUGGAUAUCGAAAGCAGUAAAAGUUUUGAGGAAAAGGAACAACGAGUUUUGCCACCGCCACCCCCUGCUCCAAAAACUCCUCCAUUUUUUCUAUCAGAAGUUAAUUUAAUCGCGCCAUUGAAUCAUCCAACUUUGGCGACUUCGGGUAUUCCAAGUAUUGGUUCUUGUAUUUUGCCUACUCCGCCACCACCACCACCAAUCGUAUCGACUGUUGUUGCUCCACCUCCACGACUUAGUUUCUGUCACAAUCCUUCAAGCAUUAAUAUGGCAGCUCCAUCUUCAACCAGUUCCGCACCCAUUUUACCUUUGUUUAAUCAACGUCCUCCUGUAAAAUUCAAAAAUGAAGUGUCUACAUCUCCUCAGGCUUCAUCUGAUGUUACUUGUUUCAAUCCAUCAAUUCAAAAUCCAUUAUUCACAACACCACCACCACCAACAAUAAACACAAAUAUUCUUCUUCGUCCGUCCCUGCAAGCAUCACGACCACCUCUUCUUAUAAAUGAAACUUCAUUAGGAAUUCCUGCAAAGCCACCACCAAACGCCGAUCAGUUUUCUUCUAUUGCCAAUAGCAAAAUCGUUCCACUAAUGCCAUUCCCUCCACCAUCAGAAACAAUUCAUUCUAAUCAAUCUUCCAGUUCCACUUCUAAGAAACCUCAACCACCAACAUUUUUCAAUUCGCGAAUUGAUUUUUCAAAACCUCCGCCGAUACAUAAUCCUCCUCCAAGAAAUAUAUCGCCUGUUUCUUCCAGUGCAUUACACUUUAUGGAAAAAUCAGCCUCAAAUUUCAACAAUCCUAAUAGUUCAAAUUUAUUGACUCAAGAGUUAGCCCCAACCAGGUUUCCUUCAGUUUAUUCAUUAAAAGAGAACAGAACAAUAAUAGCAAAUGGCAAAAGUGAUAUCGUGCCAUCUGUAUCAACACUUUCUUUUUCCCAAGCGCCAGAUCCAUUUAGUCUUUAUCAUCUUUCUCAAAGAACGGAUCAACUAUCCAGUACGCCAUCUAUCCAAACAUAUCGAAGAAAUAAUGACUCUACAUUUAUGAAAAAUGAUUGCAGUUCAUUGCAGUCAUCAGUUCCACCGGAAAAUAAUCCAACUCCAACAUCUCAAAAUGUUAUUAAGACACUGCUGAGUGCUCUUGCUAUACCGCAGCAAAGUAAAUCACCACCAUCUGCCAAAAACUCAUUUGUUCCUAUGAAUAAUGUAUCUGGAAAUACGCAAAAUCCAACUACGAUCAAUUUCUCUAUACAAAUGGAUCAUUUUAAUAGAUUUUCAAGGCAAAACAGUGAUUGUAUAAAUCAUAGUCAACAAAUUUUUGAUGGUAAUCGACAGUACUGCGGUUUUUCAUCAUCAUUUAAUCCAUCAGUAUUGAAUGAACGUCAACAACAAGAAGAUGAUUCAGAUGUUGUUGAUUUCAGUUGGCCUCCAGCCAAUUUUGAAGAAACUAGUAAUCAACAGACACCAACAGAAAGUUCAGUUAUGGGUAAUAUGUCAAACAUGGAACAAGAAAAACGUCAAAUUAAUUAUUCGCCAGGUAGAAUCCAGUGUAAAGCACCAACUAAUUCAUUAACAAAUUCGAUUCGUCUAAACAGUGUACCAGAUGGUGGGAAUUUCAUGAAUAGAAAGUUAAGGCCUCCACCGCAUGCUCCAUUCAUCCCACUUCGUCCUUCUCAUUUCGCUUUACCAGGUCAAUCUAAACCUUUAACUUUUUUUCCUCCGCAAAGAUCAAUUCCUUCCCUUCGUCAAAUAAUGCCGGAAAGAUUUGUAAGGCCACCCUUCCGUCGUUAUUAG